AUGCAACAAGUUCUCCAAGAUUAUGAAAUAGAUGAAGAACUUGAAUAUAUGAAGUCAUACCAUUCUCUUGCAUUUGAAAAAGUAAAUAUUAUUCUUGGGAAAGCAAAGACAUCUUCCUCAAUGUUUUUGUUUAUUUCAGAUUUUAACGUUGCACUCUUUAACAAAAAGUUUUUUUCCAAGAAGCUUCGAUUAGAAUUUUCAUCGUUAUGGACAGAAGUUCAAGAAAUUAGAUAUAAUUCAGGAGAUAAUCAAUAUUUGUCAUUUAAAGCGAAAUCAAAUUCUUUUCGGGUUGUUUCAAAGAAUACAAAAGAAAUAGCUGAUUUAAUAAUGAAGUUCAACAAAUCUGUGUGGGGAAAUCAAGAUGCGCCAACUCCAAGGCUUUAUUAUCCCAAAGAGUACGAAAUACCUGAAUACACUAAGUCCAUACCAAUCCAUCUAAAAUAUGAAUUGUUCCAAAAAGGUAUUCAAUUACCAAACAGACAAAUUUCAUCAUUGGCCAAAUUUUUCGCAUCAAAACCAACAGAAUUCAAGUUCGAUCACUUCUACUGGCUUAUCCAAUACAUUCCAAAUGUCAUGAAGAUCAUAAAUUGGGAGCCUUCCAUUAAAAAAAUCAUUAUUCCGUUGGACGUUUGUCCUCUUGGCGCAACAUUGAUGCAAAACAUCAUGAAGAAGAAUAAGACAAUUCAGGAGAUCUCAUUUUCGAACGGAACUAUUACUAAUUUGCCAGAAUUACUUCAAACUAUCGAUAGAAACCAAGAAAGCAAGAUUAAAGGUCUUCAUUUUACCGGCAUUACUUUUACAUCGAAAGAUUUACACGCUCUCGAUAAUUUUAUAAGGAAUUACAAAUUAGAUUUUUUAACUUUGAAUUUGGCAUUCGAUCAUUCACUUUCCUUGAACUUUACAGAAGACUCUCUUAAAAUAGAGAACUUUGGAUACCUCCAAACCCUUGUUUUGGAUAAUACUCCCGGUUUAAAUCUUCAAAGAAUAUUUUUGAGGAUGAAAAACCUCAAAUUCCUCUCAAUUGUUAACUGCGGAAUUGAAAUAAACGAAAUCAUCCGUCUUUUCCAGGUCGUAAAGGGCUCAAUUGAAAGAAUCAACGCAUCUUACAAUAAAUGCACAGUUCCGAUCAGAUUCAAGAAGAACAAGUUGAUAAAAACCAACACAAAGUACUUAAACAUAUCAAAUAUCAACUGGUCCGAAAAAGAUUUGGUUCAAAUUUGGAAUUUCUUUUCAAUACAAGAAGGAAUCACUUUAGAUUUGAGCUCCGCAACACUAAGUGACGGAUCCUUUGAUAAUUUCGUAAAACAAGCUGUAAAUGUCGAUUCUAAAAUUUCUGAACUAUAUUGGAACGACAACAUAUCAACUGGAGUUACGGAUAUUAUCAAGCAUUGUCCAAACCUCUCAGUUUUGUCAAUUGCAAGAGUUUUCGGCGAAGAUGAUCCCGAAAUUAAUAAAAUUUGCAAAUUUAUCAAGAAAACAGAGACACUCAAGAAGCUCAAUAUAUCAGGAUCAAGAAGAAAGUUCAUUGGCAAGAAUAUGCCGAUAAUUUUCGGAGCAAUUCAAGAAAAUUCUUCAAUUACUAAUUUAGACAUCAGAAAGAACCACGCUGGUGAAUCAUUCCCAACAGAUGUGAUCAACUGCUUCAUGAAGAACGAAGCUGUCGAAAUUUUGGCGAUUGAAGGAAAUGAAAUCACAGAUACCGAGAAAUACAAAGAAAUUUUCACCCAACUUCAAGAGAGAAAGAAACCGUUACUUAUCGUUUGGCCGCAAAAGGAAAUUGACGGAAUUGCUUUGUCUACAGGAACAGAACAGGACGAACUUGACCAAUUGAUGGAUUUACACGCUAGACUCGCAAAUAUUGGCCAGAUUUAG